AUGAUAGAUAAAGCUUUAAAAUGGUCAAAAUCUAUCAAACUUAAAAACUGGAAUUUCAAUGAUAUCAUUGCUCCAGGUCAAGUAACUCAUUUGAAUAAGUUACUUGGGACUAUAAUACCGGGUAGAUCUCAAAAUUUAUUGGGAUACCAUUUUCUCUUUGCUAAUCAACUGAAUGAGAAUCUAGGUACUGAUGGAUAUGAUAAUUACCAGGCACCUGUGUCAGAUACACAAUUAUUUAGGAGAAGGAUGUGGGUCAAAGGGGAAAUUGAAUUCAUAAAUCCAUUAUCUUUAGGUAGUUAUGUGAACUGCCAAGAAGUGGUGUCAAAUGUACGAUUAAUGAAUAAUUCAACGUUUGUAGAAAUAGUGAGGCAUUUCAAAUCUGAGACUGACCCUAUUUUGAAAGAGAAAAGAACUUUGAUUUAUACUAAUGACAAUUACAACCAACCACUGGCUAGUGUAGUCGAUUCCACCUAUCAUCAUUCCAUCAAUUUCAAUGUAGAUGAUACUCAAUUAUCAAAAUAUAGUUUCCUCACCUAUAAUCUACAUAAAAUUCAUCUAGAUAAAGAGUAUAGUAAAAAUGAAGGAUUCCCCGAUAGAAUCGUACAAGGACCGUUGCUUGUAACCAUAAUCCUCAAUUGGUUCCAUACCAACCAUCCUGAUCUCGAUAUCUCCACUAUAAAGUAUAAAAUAACCAAUCCGGUUUAUGUUAAUGAGCAACAAGCAAUCUAUUGGAAAAAAAAGGGGAAUGUUUUCGAAGUUUUAAUUACGAAUGGAAUAAAUAUUUCCUUGAACUGUAAAAUUACCCUAAAGGGUAUUAAUUAA